UGUUAAAACGAAAAGUUGAAUCGUCGCUGGUGUGAAAAAUUUAAAUUUGACAAAAUACAAUAUUUUAAAAGGAAUUGAUAAAUCUUAGUUAGGUUCUAGAAUUCUUAUUUUAAUUAAUUAAAAGAUGUCUAAGAGAAGCCAACCAAAUUGGUCACCGCCUUCGGGUGCUAAGCAGCCUGUUCUAAAGGUGUUUAAUAGUCUGACGCGACAAAAAGAAGAGUUCGUUUGUUCGAGCGGUAACCGCGUCAACUGGUACAGUUGUGGACCUACCGUGUAUGAUGCCUCCCACAUGGGUCAUGCGAGGUCAUAUAUUUCAUUUGAUAUUCUGAGACGUGUUAUGUCAAAUUAUUUUGGUUACAAUAUAUUGUAUGUUAUGAAUAUAACAGAUAUUGAUGACAAGAUUAUUAAAAGAGCAAGACAAAACUUUUUAUAUGAUAAAUACAUAAAAGAGCCCAAAGGUCUUACUGAAUCUAUUGAUGAUGCAACAGCUGUGGUUGACUUCUAUGGAUGUGUGGUCAAGGAUGCAACAGAUCCAGAUAAAAAAAAUACUAUGCAAAAAAUGCUAGACAGUGUUGCAUCUGCAGUUAAAGGUCUCAAAGCAGCUGUAGAAGAAAACAAUAGUGAAAAAAUUCAAGCAGCUAAGAAUGAAAUGUUGAAAUCUGCAAAAGAUCCAAUAUCUGAAUGGUUAGACAAAAAAUAUGGAGCCACAGUCACAGACAAUGCAAUUUUCACUACCUUACCUAGAUACUGGGAAAAUGAGUUUCAUAAAGAUAUGAAGGCACUUAAUGUUUUACCACCAGAUGUACUGACAAGAGUAAGCGAAUAUAUUCCACAAAUUAUUACAUUUAUACAAAAAAUAAUAGACAAUGGCCUAGCAUAUGAAUCAAAUAGCUCAGUGUAUUUUAAUGUUAGUGAGUUUGAUAGCAAGGAAAACCAUCAUUAUGCCAGACUUGUACCAGAAGCAUAUGGAGACACUAAAUCAUUGCAAGAAGGAGAAGGUGAUCUCAGUGAUGAUACUGCUGAAAAGCGGUCGCCAAAUGAUUUUGCUCUAUGGAAGCGCAGUAAGGCUGGAGAGCCUUCCUGGGAGUCACCGUGGGGUGCCGGCCGCCCGGGUUGGCACAUAGAAUGUUCCGCCAUGGCCUCGGAUGUGUGUGGGUCAAACCUGGACAUACAUACAGGAGGGGUGGAUCUCAAAUUCCCUCAUCAUGAUAACGAAUUGGCUCAAAGUGAGGCUCAUUUCGACAAGCCAGGCUGGGUGAAUUAUUUCCUUCACACGGGCCACCUCACUAUCGCUGGUUGCAAGAUGUCAAAGUCUUUGAAGAACUUCGUCACCAUCUCCGACGCUUUAAAACGUCAUACCGCGAGGCAAUUGCGUAUCGCAUUUUUGCUGCACGGCUGGAAGGACACUUUGGAUUAUUCUGAUAACACAAUGGAUAUGGCCAUCCAGACGGAGAAAAUGUUUAAUGAAUUCUUCCUAACGGUGAAAGACGCGAUACGCAGCGGUUACGACGAAGGUUGCGGCGGAGCAUGGGGUGCGGAGGAGCAGCAACUGUUAGCUAAGCUAAGCGCUGUGAAGGAACAAGUUCACGCUGCUUUGUGUGAUAACAUCGACACUCGCAGCGCAUUAGAUGCUCUACGCGAGCUCGUGGGCGCUUCGCACGUGUACCUUCGUCUCACUCCGCCGCGCAAUGCUCCGUUACUGGUUUCGUCUGCGCGGUACGUCACCGAUAUACUGCACGUCUUCGGUGCCGUGGAGGGCCCGCGCGGCCUCAUCGGCUUCCCCGUCAGCGAUGCCAAUGACGUCUGCUUGGAAGAGGCAGUUAUGCCUUACCUGGAGGUGUUGAGCACGUUCCGAGGGCGCGUGCGCGAAGCUGCGCGUGCGGUUUCCGCCACAGACGUGCUGUCACUGUGCGAUGCGCUCAGGGACGACGUUCUACCUGAACUGGGUGUUCGGCUCGAAGACAAACCUGACCGAACGGUGGUGAAGCUCGUCAGUAAAGAAGAAUUAAUGAAGGAGAGAGAAGAGAAGAAAAGACAAGAAGCGGAGAAACUGAGAAAGAAACAAGAGUUAUUAGAAGCGCAGCGAGCCAAAGAGGAGCAGAAGAAAAUUCCACCUACAGAGAUGUUCAAGCGAGAAAAUGACAAAUACUCAAUGUUUGAUGACAAAGGUUUACCCACUCACGAUUUCGAAGGCAAAGAACUCAGCAAAGGAUUGGUGAAAAAGCUGCAAAAGUUACAACAAGCUCAGGAGAAGAAAUACAAUGAAUACUUAGCUUCAGUUAAAAGCAAUUCGUGAUAAAGUACUUCUGACUAUCGACGAUCAUAGGUAAUAAUUGGACUUAGUUAAACAAAACUGAUCCACACUGAGGUAGUUUUUAAACAUCUCGGGCCUUACAAAUAAAUUAUGCAUGACGUCGGAGUAAUUCUAGGCACAUGACACGCCUACGCCUCAGGUUGAUAGACAGCACGUCGCAGUACGUAUUCCUCGCAUACUCUGCUUAGUAUUGCCCUGAUUUAGGCGUUGGUUUUCCACUUACCAUCAGGUGGGUCUUCAGCUUCGUUCUUCAAUUACUACUGCAAACAAAAAUAAAAUCAGCAGAGUUUUGUUUAAACUGGCAGUAUCUUUUAAAUGUCACUGCGUGAUUAUUCCGACGUUAUGCCUCAUUUUUUUGUAAGGCCCUAUAAGUCUCAAAACUACCUCAGUGUUGGUAGCAACCUUUUAGUUUAACUUCGUCCAUUUAUAAACAUGUAAGAAUAAUUUAAAUUUUUCAUUCCGAAUGCUGAAAAAUAUUUAUAUAAAUAAUUUU